GUGUUCAGAAGAGAGGUGUUGGGAUGAACACUUUGGGAGCUUUUUCACAAUAGGAGCGGAGUACUUUGCCAACAAUUCAUUAUGAACGGGUCCAAAUAUGGUUAUUUGAUUCAAGGAGUCUUCCUACUAUCAACGCUAUUGGAUGUAUCUACCAUGCAAUGCUACCAAUGCAAAUCAGAGCAACUGGUGGACGGAACCUGGACAAACAUGGACUGCUUUCUGGACCCCAAGGGACCAACAGACUGUCCACCUGAGAGUAAGUUGUGUGUCAUCUAUACAGCAGGCAAAACAAAAAAUGAGCCUUACGAGUUUGGUCGCAGCUGCAUAGCGGGGUUUGUCCAUCCGAUCUGUUAUCUCCAAACAUGGUUACCAGAGUUUCAGCUGGAAGAGAGGUGCUUCCCACAGGUCUGUAAGAUUGAUGGAUGCAACAAUAAACAUCCACCAGGAUAUUAUGAGAAGUGAUAGGAGACAGGCAAUAAUUGUGCAUGUCCAACGUACAUGUCGACUGUGACUGAAUAAUCUAGAGAAAACGUUGGAUAUGAGACAGUGCAGAAUAUAUGAAGGACUUUUUCCGCAGGAUUUUCGUUUUGUAAUAUUACAAUUUUGUUACUUACAACAACGAAAGAUGGUAUACAAGUAUUUCAUUAUUGUGUUGGAUUACACAUAAAAAGGACCGACAAAAUAACAAUACGACAUAUCGGGAAGGCCACCAAAGCGGGCAGAUACACUACCUUUACUCUAUGGAUCAUUGCCACAUUCUGUGAACAAUCUGAUAUCCAUAGUUCAAAUGCAUUGUGAAAACAACGGCAGUUUUAGAUGCCAGAUAUAAGGUCGUUUCGGAAGACAUCCGAUUACAUUGACAGCGAAUGCAAUGCUUGUCUGUCUUAGCCAGAUGGGGCUGCCUCACGUACGAGCUUGUUCAUCCACAGUCUAAUACCUUGUUAAGGAGGUAACCCGAAUUUAAAUUUAAGAGAGACGAAUGGCCACCAUAGACACAAAACAUUAGAUCGUCCCAAUUUGCUUUUGCCGCAACAUUUUGUUUACUUGCGAUUUUGUAAGUGCGGCACAUUUAAGGGUUUUUGUGGCCCAUCCGAUGUUUGUCUGGUGCUAAAAAUUCACGUUUUUCACACAAAUCAAAUGCAGUGCAUUCUCUAAACUACGUGUGGACUAGUCAUCUUUGCUUCUUCAUGGUUGGCUUCGGUGAAAUAAGGACUCCGUCAAUGGCAAGCGGAGUGUCCAGUUAUUCAAAUAACCUAUAUUUCUUCAAUAAAACUUGGUUUUAUAGCUGAAAUAAUUUUUUUUUAAACAAUCUAUAUUUUCUCCUAAUAAGUCAAGUUUUAUUGAAUAAAUGGACAUUUCGGUGCGAAAACUUACAUUUCAGGUGAUAAAAUAUAGGUAAUGUGUUGACAAACCAGUAUUUUUAUCAUAAAAUAUAGGUUUAUGGAGAAAAAACCUAACUUUAUGAGGAAAGAAUAUUGUUUUUUAAGGAUAAACUUAUAUUUUUUCAAACAACCUGGUUUAUUAGGAGAAAAUAUAGGUUGUUUAAAAAACCUAUAUUUCUUUCAAAUAAACUUAGUUUAUCAGCCAUAAAAACCAAGUUUUAGUGAAGAAAUAUAGGUUGUUUGAAUAACAGGACACUCCGCUUGCCAUAAUAUCAGUCGCGGUGAAAAGCUCAAAUAACUUAUAAAUCGUCAGAAGGGAAAUCGAUUGACGAUGAAAAAUGUUUGAUUGGUUGGACAUAAUGAAAAGUAUGGAGGUUAUGAUAACAGGGCAAAGACAAGCAAAAAAAACGCUGAAGGCGUUCUAAAGCUUUUGCAACAGAAUAUUGAUUCUUUUCACAUCAAUAGCUGCACUCAAAAGUGCACCUUCAUGCUGCGACUGCUGUCGGACGGACUCAACACGAAUGUACGAAAAAACAACACAGGGAUUUUAUAAUCUGUAAAAAAAUGGUUACUUCAUUUAAAUAUCUGCUUAUCCUGAAUGUUAGCAUAUUCUUAAAAGUCGACUCUUAAUACAUUGUACCAAAGCGGACACGCGAACAUCUAUUUUAUAUCAUUGUAUACUAGGAAGUCCAUUUGCAAAUGUUUUGUCCGCAUCUUUUUGAGCCCUUGAUCGCGAACUACUUGUUUGGUUUCUUUUUACCCUUUGAUGCUUUUACGUCUCACUUAUGUGAGGCUACUCCAAGAGGUUCUCGAACGCAUGAGUGAUUUCGUCAAUUUUUCCACAACAAAAAAACAGUUUUGUAAACGCUUCUGCCCAAAGAUUGAAGAGCCAUGUCCUGAGGUUAGUGCACGAUGAUAGUAAAUUUGCACGUUCCUCACAUUUGUUACUACAGAUGGCUCUGCUUGUUGAUCAGGGUUUGCUCCACACACAUGUGAGGCAUAUGCGUUACAGGGGUGUCAAGUUGAAUGCAUGAAAGGGUUAAGUUUAGUUUCUAUUGAUACUGGCGUUGCGACCAAACAGGGUAUUUUGAAUUCAGCGUUGUCAGUAAAGGAAUAUCUUUAAAAUCUUUAGCGAAGCUCUUAUUAUGCAUAGUGGUCAUUUUCGAUUGGGCCCCCCUGGAUAACCCAUAUUUUGUAUUUCUCAUUCAUAUACAUGUCACAUGAGUAAAUUGACACAAUAAUUUAAUCACAGGAACAUUGCAUCCAGAUUGGUCGAAGAAUAAACCGUACAGAGCUGAAAAUUUCCGAAUUGAAUGCACCUCGUCAAUGUACACAAAUGCAUACAAAACAACUUUAUUUCGUAUGCCAUGGUCAAUAAAGAGAGGUGUUUGUCAUCGGAAACAAGGAUCAAUAAAAACCAAACAUAUCCUAGCAGUAGUUUGUGCUAUCGACCCAGAGCCCAAAAUUUAAUGAAAGUGACAGAAUAUUUAACUGUGGGCCAAUGGGAACAGUUAGGACAGUCAUGACAGGAGUAAUAUGGUCAUGCUUUCUACUUCAAUCUACUUAUUGCAGGCUGCUCGGCUCUGGAUCUGUUGAGGUGUAGCAUUGGUCUUAUCAUGGAGACAAUUGGCAGUGGUAUCGAGCAGAAGACGUAGGAUUGAUCAGGUUGAUAAGACAAUGCUCGUUUGAUCAAUGAACUUUCAUAUGUGGCCAGUAUUGUAGAGGGGGUCAUCUCUACAUCAUAUUACCCAGGUUCUUUGUUUACCACAUACGAGUAACUCGACAUGGCUGAAAGACGCAGAUCUAUGUUAAUGAGCAAAGUCCCGCUCCGUCUUAAAGGAGUGACGAUAUUUGCUGUGACAAGU